AUGGAUGACAUCUUGGCUGCCAACUGGAGCGCCCAGGAGGCCAAUGCCAGCACCGCAUCUCUGGAGGACCCUUUGGGGAACCGCACAGUGGCUGGACCCCCGAAGCGCAAUGAGGCGCUGGCACGCGUGGAGGUGGCCGUGCUGGGCCUCAUCCUGGUGCUGGCCCUGAGUGGCAACGCGUGUGUCCUGCUGGCCCUGCGCAUCACCCGCCGCAAGCAGUCUCGCCUCUUCUUCUUCAUGAAGCAUCUCAGCAUCGCUGACCUGGUGGUAGCCGUGUUCCAGGUGUUGCCACAGCUGCUUUGGGAUGUCACAUUCCGUUUCCAAGGGCCUGAUGCGCUGUGUCGCCUGGUGAAGUACCUGCAGGUGGUGGGCAUGUUUGCCUCUACCUACCUGCUGCUACUGAUGUCUUUGGACCGCUGCCUUGCCAUCUGCCAACCCCUACGGUCCCUGCGUCGUCGGGCUGACCGCCUGGCCGUCCUGGCCACUUGGCUGGGCUGCCUAGUGGCCAGCGUGCCCCAGGUGCAUAUCUUCUCCAUGCAUGAAGUGGCCGAUGGUGUCUUCGACUGCUGGGCCGUGUUCAUCCAACCCUGGGGGCCCAAGGCUUAUAUCACCUGGAUCACAUUGGCUGUCUACAUUGUGCCGGUGAUCAUCCUGACUGCCUGCUAUGGUCUCAUCAGCUUCAAGAUCUGGCAAAAUGUUCGACUCAAGACGGCCGCCCAGGUGGCUGAGGAGCUCCAGGGGGCCAAUGCAGGGCGCCAGGCCCUGGCCCGGGUCAGCAGCAUCAAUCUCAUCUCCAAGGCCAAGAUCCGGACGGUCAAGAUGACUUUCAUCAUCGUGCUGGCCUUCAUCUUCUGCUGGACGCCUUUCUUCUUCGUGCAGAUGUGGAGUGUCUGGGAUGCCAACGCGCCCAAGGAAGCCUCGGCCUUCAUCAUCGCCAUGCUGCUGGCUAGUCUCAACAGCUGUUGCAACCCCUGGAUCUACUUGCUGUUCACCGGCCAUCUCUUCCACGAGCUCCUCCAGCGCUGCUUCUGCUGCUCGGCUGGACACCUGAAGUCCAGUCGGCCUGGUGAGACCAGCGUCAGCAAGAAGAGCAGCUCGUCCACCUUUGUGCUCAGCCGACACAGCUCCAGCCAGAGGGCCUCCAUCCAGCCAUCCUCCAUGUGACAGCAACAUCUGUCUGCCACCCCCCUGGCUGGCUGAGCACUGGAGGGUGAGGGGAGCCUAGCUGUCACCAAGUGCCCAGAUGGACCAGCUGGCUCCCCAACCUGUGCUGUGACCCUGGAUG